CAUUCCUCAAUAUGAAUCAAGCAGGUAGAUCAUCUUCUUCCUCAUGUUUUAGAUGGAGUUUCGAUGUAUUUUUAAGUUUUCGAGGGGAAGAUACUCGAUCCAACUUCACCAGUCAUCUUAAUAUGACUUUACGUCAAAGAGGAAUCAAUGUCUUUAUAGAUAAAAAGCUUUCAAGAGGUGAAGAAAUCUCUUCAUCUCUUUUGGAAGCUAUUGAGGAAUCCAAAGUCUCAAUCAUUGUAAUUUCCGAAAGUUAUGCAUCUUCGAGUUGGUGUUUGAAUGAAUUGGUGAAAAUCAUUAUGUGUAACAAACUGAGAGGACAAGUUGUUUUACCAAUUUUCUACAAAGUGGAUCCAUCUGAAGUAGGAAACCAAAGUGGAAGAUUUGGAGAAGAAUUUGCCAAACUUGAAGUUAGAUUCUCGUCGGACAAGAUGGAAGCAUGGAAGGAGGCUCUCAUUACUGUUUCUCAUAUGUCUGGAUGGCCGGUUCUUCAAAGAGAUGACGAGGCUAAUUUGAUUCAAAACAUUGUUCAAGAAGUUUGGAAGGAAUUAGAUCGUGCAACGAUGCAGUUGGAUGUAGCUAAAUAUCCAGUUGGAAUUGACAUACAAGUUAGGAAUUUACUCCCACAUGUGAUGUCUAAUGGAACUACUAUGGUUGGAUUAUAUGGAAUUGGAGGUAUGGGCAAGACAACUUUGGCCAAAGCUUUAUAUAAUAAAAUUGCUGAUGACUUUGAAGGUUGUUGCUUUCUGCCAAAUAUUAGAGAAGCUUCGAAUCAAUAUGGGGGCCUUGUUCAACUUCAAAGGGAGCUACUUCGUGAGAUUCUAGUGGAUGAUUCGAUCAAAGUUAGCAAUCUUCCUAGAGGAGUUACCAUCAUAAGAAAUCGACUAUACUCAAAAAAGAUUCUUUUGAUUCUUGAUGAUGUUGAUACACGUGAACAACUACAGGCAUUGGUGGGAGGACAUGAUUGGUUUGGACAUGGAAGUAAGGUGAUUGCGACAACAAGAAACAAGCAAUUACUUGUUACUCAUGGAUUUGAUAAAAUGCAAAGUGUUGUUGGAUUAGAUUAUGACGAAGCUCUUGAGCUUUUUAGCUGGCAUUGUUUUAGGAAUAGUCAUCCCUUAAAUGAUUAUUUGGAACUUUCAAAACGUGCAGUCGAUUAUUGUAAAGGUCUUCCCUUAGCUCUUGAAGUUUUAGGUUCCUUCCUUCAUUCUAUUGAUGAUCCCUUCAAUUUCAAACGUAUUUUGGAUGAGUAUGAAAAAUAUUACCUUGACAAAGAGAUUCAAGACUCUCUUCGAAUAAGUUACGAUGGACUCGAAGAUGAAGGAAUAACUAAACUUAUGAAUCUAUCACUUCUUACCAUUGGUAGAUUCAACAGAGUUGAAAUGCAUGACAUAAUACAACAAAUGGGUCGAACAAUUCAUCUUUCAGAAACUUCUAAAUCUCAUAAAAGAAAAAGAUUGUUGAUUAAAGAUGAUGCUAUGAAUGUCUUAAAGGGGAAUAAGGAAGCAAGAGCAGUCAAAGUCAUAAAAUUUAAUUUUCCUAAACCUACGGAGUUGGAUAUUGAUUCAAGAGCUUUUGAAAAAGUGAAAAAUUUGGUAGUACUCGAAGUUGGCAAUGCCACAUCUUCAAAAAGCACUACUCUUGAGUAUCUACCUAGUAGUUUAAGGUGGAUGAAUUGGCCUCAAUUCCCUUUUUCAUCUUUGCCUCCAACCUACACAAUGGAGAACCUUGUUGAAUUGAAAUUACCAUAUAGCUCCAUCAAACAUUUUGGGCAAGGAUAUAUGAGUUGUGAAAGGUUGAAGGAAAUUAAUCUUACCGACUCCAAUUUUUUGGUGGAAAUUCCAGAUUUAUCUACCGCAAUAAACCUCAAAUACUUGGACCUCGUAGGAUGUGAAAAUUUAGUAAAGGUUCAUGAAUCAAUUGGAUCUCUCAAUAAACUUGUCGCACUUCAUCUUUCUAGCAGUGUUAAGGGCUUUGAACAGUUUCCAUCGCACCUCAAGUUGAAAUCUCUUAAGUUUUUGUCAAUGAAAAAUUGUAGAAUAGAUGAAUGGUGUCCUCAAUUCAGUGAAGAAAUGAAGUCUAUAGAAUAUUUGUCCAUUGGGUAUAGUAUUGUAACACAUCAGCUAUCUCCAACAAUUGGAUAUCUUACUAGCCUAAAACAUUUGACCCUCUAUUAUUGCAAAGAGCUUACAACCCUUCCAAAAAUUUCAAAGGUUCCAGAAGGUGUAAUUUGUACGAGUGCCGCAGGGUGCAAAUCAUUGGCUAGAUUUCCCGACAACUUAGCUGAUUUCAUAUCUUGUGGUAAUUCUGCGGAAUGUUGUAAAGGUGGAGAAUUGAAACAACUGGUAUUAAUGAAUUGUGAUAUUCCAGACUGGUAUAGGUACAAGAGUAUGAACGAUUCAUUAACAUUCUUUUUUCCAGCUGAUUAUCCAAGUUGGAAAUGGAAGGCUUUGUUUGCUCCUUGCGUCAAAUUUGAAGUUACUAAUGAUGAUUGGUUCCAGAAGCUUGAAUGUAAAGUGUUUAUCAACGACAUUCAAGUAUGGAGUUCUGAAGAGGUGUAUCCCAAUCAGAAGGAACGAAGCGGGAUGUUUGGAAAAGUAUCACCAGGUGAGUACAUGUGGCUGAUAGUACUUGAUCCUCAUACACAUUUCCAAUCAUAUUCCGAUGAUAUUAUGGACAGGAGGUCACCGAAGAUUAUUGAUCUAAAUCAACCAAGUUUUGGGAUUAAUUCCUCACAAAGUAUUUUGGGUAAAAUUACGGUGUCCUUUCAGGUUACUCCAUGGUAUAAAGACGUUGUAAGUAUAAAAAUGUGUGGUGUUCAUGUCAUCAUGUGGGAAUGA